CUACGCUGUGACAGUACAAGAAUCUUAUGCUCAUCCUUUUGAUCAGAUCUAUUAUACAAGAUGUACUGACAUACUGAACUGGUUCAAGUGCACUAGACAUAGAAUAAGUUAUAAAACAGCAUAUCGAAGAGGACUAAGAACUAUGUAUCGGCGAAGAUCUCAGUGCUGCCCUGGAUAUUAUGAAAGUGGAGACUACUGUAUACCACUCUGCACAGAGGAGUGUGUGCAUGGAAGGUGUGUUUCUCCUGACACUUGCCAUUGUGAACCAGGAUGGGGAGGUACUGAUUGCUCUAGUGGUUGCGACAGCGAUCACUGGGGACCCCACUGCAGCAACCGCUGCCAGUGCCAGAAUGAGGCUCUCUGCAACCCCAUCACGGGCGCCUGCGUCUGCGCAGCCGGGUACCGAGGAUGGCGCUGCGAAGAGCUCUGUGACCCCGGCAGCUACGGCAAGGGCUGCCAGUUUAAAUGCCAAUGUCACAACGGAGCUACCUGCGACCAUAGAACGGGAGAAUGUCACUGUGCUCCUGGAUACACGGGGGUGUUUUGUGAAGAGCGCUGUCCCACCGGCAGCCACGGAGCUCAGUGUGAACUGCGCUGCCCGUGCCAGAACGGGGGAGUGUGCCACCACAUCACUGGAGAGUGCUCCUGUCCUCCCGGAUGGAUGGGGCUGGUGUGUGCACAGCCGUGUCCUCCUGGAACAUUUGGAAUUAACUGCAGCCAGGACUGUCCAUGCCACAACGCAGGACACUGCGAUCCCGUGACAGGAAAAUGCAUCUGUACAGCUGGCUAUAUAGGAGACAGGUGUCAAGAAGAGUGUCCGAUUGGGACGUACGGCUUUCAGUGCACACAACGAUGCGACUGCCAAAAUGGUGCAAAAUGUUACCAUGUAAAUGGAGCGUGUAUGUGUGACCCUGGAUUUAAAGGGAUUUAUUGCCAAGAAAGAAUGUGUCCAGAAGGGUUUUAUGGGCUCAAAUGCAACAAGAGAUGUCCUUGCAAUAUUACUAACACUCUCAGCUGCCAUCCGUUGUCUGGAGAAUGUAGCUGCAAAGCUGGCUGGGCUGGGCUCUACUGCAACGAAACCUGUCCCGCCGGAUACUACGGCGAAGGCUGCCAGCAGACCUGCCCUUGCCAGAACGGCGCAGAUUGCGACAGCGUCACAGGGAAGUGUCUGUGUGCGCCGGGAUACACGGGAGAUGACUGCACCAUUACCUGCAUGGCAGGAACCUACGGAACCAAUUGCUCAUCAGUUUGUAAUUGCAAAAAUGAUGGUGCAUGUUCCCCUGUGGAUGGUCUGUGCUAUUGCAAAGAAGGGUGGCAAGGAGUGGACUGCUCGAUUCCAUGUUCAAGUGGAAGUUGGGGUCUUAACUGCAACCAGACAUGUUAUUGCGCAAACGGAGCGGCCUGCAGGCCGGCUGACGGCUUUUGUCUCUGCUCACCCGGGUGGCAAGGGGAGUACUGUGACCAGCCGUGUCCUGAUGGAACAUAUGGUCUUAAUUGCAGUGAACAUUGUGACUGUAGCCACGCAGAUGGGUGUGAUCCUGUCACCGGUUACUGCUGCUGUCUUGCAGGCUGGACAGGCAUCCACUGUGACAAUAUAUGCACCCAGGGCCGCUGGGGACCAAACUGCUCCAUCUCCUGUAACUGUGAGAACGGGGGAUCCUGCUCCCCAGAGGAUGGGACCUGUGACUGUGCACCAGGAUACAGAGGACCUUUGUGCCAGAGAAUUUGUCCCGCCGGCCUCUACGGACACCACUGCAGCCAGCCGUGCCCGCAGUGUGCGCACAGCAGCGGGCCGUGCCACCACGUGUCAGGACACUGCGACUGCUUGCCUGGCUUCUCGGGCGCUCUCUGCAACCAAGUCUGUCCCAGCGGAAAAUACGGGAAGAACUGUGCCGAGGCCUGUCAGUGCACCGAGAACGGGACGUGCAAUCCUAUUGAUGGAUCGUGUCAGUGUUUUCCAGGCUGGAUAGGGACAGACUGCUCUCAGACGUGUCCCACUGGUUUUUGGGGCCCUGAUUGCUUUCAUUCAUGCAACUGCCACAACGGAGCAAUGUGCAGCCCUUACGAUGGAGAAUGUAGAUGUACUCACGGUUGGACGGGGCUCUACUGCACGCAGCGUUGCCCAGCUGCUUUUUAUGGAAAAAACUGUGCCAAUGUUUGCCAGUGUCAGAACGGAGCGGACUGUGACCACAUCACUGGCCAGUGCACGUGCAGGACGGGAUUUACAGGCAAACAAUGCGAGCAAAAGUGCUCACCAGGAACAUUUGGUUAUGGUUGCAAACAACUAUGUGAAUGCAUGAAUAAUGCUACGUGUGACCAUGUCACAGGUACUUGCUACUGCAGUCCAGGCUUCAAAGGAAUCCGAUGUGAUCAAGCGGCUCUUAUGAUGGAAGAAUUAAAUCCCUAUACUAAAAUUAGCCCUGCUCUUGGAUCAGAGAGGCACUCAGUGGGAGCAAUCAUUGGAAUUAUUAUUCUCCUUCUAAUUAUUAUGGUCUUGCUGGCACUGUUUGUGUGGUAUCGACGGAAACAGAAGGAGAAGGGCCAUGACAUGCCAAGUGUGUCUUAUACUCCAGCCAUGAGGAUGACUAAUGCAGAUUACUCACUUUCUGAUAUAUCUCAAGGUAGCGGCAGUGUUCAUUGUUUUUCCAAUCCAAGCUACCACACUCUCUCAUGUGGUGUGACUUCACGCUUCUUUACCAGCAAUCUGGAUGGAAACAGCUCCAGUCGUGGUGUGCUCCUUGCAGCAGACUCCACUGGCGAAACCACUUUGCCUGGUGACCGCCCUGCCCUGAGCUUGUGUCCGUGUUACGUGGCACAAAGCAGCGUCCCCGACGGCUACGUGGGACGGCCCUCUCGCCCCUCCCCAGCUGCCUGGGUUUCCUCUGAGGAAGUCUCUCCAGCGCAGCGUGGUUGCUCCUCGCAGGUCGUGGUGUGCUCCUUGCAGCAGACUCCACUGGCGAAACCACUUUGCCUGGUGACCGCCCUGCCCUGA